UCGAGUUCGCGUCCGAUUGCUGCGCCCGCCGCCGCCGCCGUGAUGAUGCAGUCACACCUGCCUUCCCCGGCGAGGCUGGGGCUCACCGCCUCGUCGCCAUCGCUCCCCCCCAACCCGUCCCCCUUGAAUCCCACCUCCUCGCCUCCACAGGGCAACCUGCCCGCUAGCGCAACCGCAGGCACCGGCGCGGCCCCAACCCUAACCACCUCGCCGUCGUUGCUCCCGCUCCUGCCGCCGCUCCCCCGCGCGCAGUCGCUGCUCCAGCUUAUAUCGUCGCUCGCGUCCAACCUCUUCGAGCUCUCGCCCAACAGGGCCGCGUGGAUCUCGGCGUACCGGGGGUCGCUCCCCACCUUCCUUCCCUCGGCGUCGUCCUCGCCACCGCCGCCGCUCCCGACCCCGAUCUCCUCCACCAAGGACGCGCUGUCGCUCCUCACCACCCUCCAGACGCAGCUCUUCGAGGCCGUCGCCGAGCUGCAAGAGACUCUCGACCUGCAGGACGCCCGAGUGCGGCUUGCCCGCGAGGCGCGUGCCAAGGACGCUGCGCUGCUGGCCUUCGCGAAGAAGCUGCACGAGGCCCACCACGUGCUUGACCGCCUCGUCGACGACUACGCCGACUACCGCCGCGACCCCAAGCGCCCGCGUGGUGCCGCUGCGGCUGACGACCCCGAGCCGGUGUCGGACGGCGACUUCGGCGCGUCCCUGCACUCCAGGAUCAAGCUGGAGGACAUACUAAUCUACGCGCACCACAUAAGUUACACGACCUUUGCUCCGCCGGAGCAUGGCGCUGGGCUGCCUCUCCGUGGGGCGUUGCCACCUGCACCACAGGAAAGUGAGAUGCGGUCGUCGAAGUUGUAUCAGUUUGCUGAUAUGGAUGUAGGGGUGCCCAAGAAGCCAUUGGAAGCGAAGGAGGGGAUCACAGUGGAGGUGGAGGCCAUGCCGCUGUAUGAGCCGCCGCCACAGGAAGGGGCGCCGAGGCUACCAGACACCCUGCCACCCAUGUUUCCGAAGGAUCUUAAGCCACCACCGGGAUGGAAGCCUGGUGAUCCAAUCACGCUGCCACUGGAUGACAUUCUACCUGGUGUCAAGGGUGAAGAACCAAAGGCCCCUGUGCCACAGGCACCUGUCUCAGUGCGGCCAAUGGUGCCAAUGGGCCCAGCGCCAAUACAAGUCGCGGCUGUUCAGCUUGAUUUUGGGAGCAGUAGCAGUGAUGAGUACAGUAGUGACGUCGGGAGCUCAGAAGAAGAUGACGAGGAUUAGUGCUUGGAUUGGAGCGAGCUUGAGGCGCCAACCUCGCAUGUGCUCACCAUUUCAUUAUUGGGCAUAUCUGCAUGUCUCUGAUUGUGUGAAAUGUACAUGCCUGUCAAUCUCAAGCCAAUUCCGACAUCGUUUCUGCGCUACUGAAUCCCAAUCCAGCUUCUGAUGUCUUGUGUCUUCCUCCCUAGUUUCCCUUCCUCGUCCUCCUCCUGCUGUGCUGCUGCUGCUUAUCGGAUUGGCUUCAGACAUGUUUAAAAUGAUCGGUUGUUUCGUCGUGUUUUACUGGAUGUUCAGAACGAAGCUUGUAAUUUGUGAUAUGAAUGUGCAUUUUCCUA